GGAGGUGGGGGCGGGUCUCCCGGGAACUGCUCCUCCCGCCCGCCGCCGCUUUAAGAGGCUGCUCCGCAGCAGCAAGCGGGGCCGGAGCUGCAGCCGGAGCGAGCGGAACUGAGCCGAGCCCGCAGGUGCACGGCUGAGGGGACAGCAGCGGCAUGACGGGCCACCACGGCUGGGGCUACGGCCAAAACGACGGCCCCUCACAGUGGCACAAACUGUAUCCCAUUGCCCGGGGAGACCGCCAAUCACCAAUCAAUAUUGUAUCCAGCAAGGCACUGUUCUCACCCAGACUGAAGCCACUGAAGCUUUCCUAUGAGGGCUGCACGUCCCUCAGCAUUGCCAACAAUGGCCACUCUGUCCAGGUGGACUUCAAUGACAGCGAUGAUCGGUCUGUGAUGACUGGGGGGCCCCUGGAUGGGCCCUACCGGCUCAAGCAGUUCCAUUUCCACUGGGGCAAGAAGCACAACGUGGGCUCAGAGCACACGGUGGAUGGCAAGUCAUUCCCCAGUGAGCUGCACCUGGUUCACUGGAAUGCCAGGAAGUACAGCACCUUCGGGGAGGCAGCCUCAGCACCUGAUGGCCUGGCUGUGGUUGGUGUCUUCUUGGAGACGGGGGAUGAGCACCCCAGCAUGAACCGUCUGACAGAUGCACUCUACAUGGUUCGGUUUAAGGGCACCAAGGCCCAGUUCUGCCGCUUCAACCCCAUGUGCCUCCUGCCUGCCCUCCGGCACUACUGGACCUACCCGGGCUCUCUGACAACGCCCCCACUGAGCGAAAGCGUCACCUGGAUCGUGCUCCGGGAGCCCAUCAGCAUCUCUGAAAAACAGAUGAGGAUGAUGAGGCUGGGCAAGUGGCAGAGCAGGAUUUGAACCUGUAUCUGUUUGAUAACUCUCCUGCUCUAUGCCAGAGCCACCUGACCCAAGGGAGGGAAGGAUGAGCAUGUUGGUGGCCACGUGGAGGUCACACAACAGGCCUGAUGCUGCUGGUCCUGCCAGGGACCUUGGCCAGCCCCUCUUGGGGAUGGUGGCACCACAGAGGACUUGAGAAAUGGGAGCUGGUUUUAUAAUAAUUAUCCCAAGGCUGCCAAGAAUCCUCACUCCCAAAAUCCUUUCCUUUAAUUCAUUUUUUAAAUUUAAAACUAUUUUAAAACCAAAAAGUAGCCACUUUAUGUUAUACUCACACCCCAAGAUUUGACCCUAUUACAUCUAAAUGGGAUGCACCAGCUCGUGCCCAAAUGCCUCCAGCAAACCUGACCUCAAGAGACCCAGGACUGGAUCCUGAAUCCUCAUCUGAGCCAAGACUGCCUCCUGGAAGUGACGCUGGGCACAUGUGAAGCACUCAAAACAAGACGGGCUCUGCUUGCUUCCCGAGAUCCCAGACAGGCCCUCUCUGGGGAGCCAAUGUGGCUCUGAAAGAGACCUGGGCUGGUGGCCCAGGCCAGUGGUCACAGCAUGCCCAGUCUGUACCCCAAAGAAUCUCCUGGAGGAGCAGGCCCUGGACCCCACAGCGAGUCUCCCCUCUCUGGGGUGGGCCUCUGAUGAUGAGGUGACUGUGUAGACUCAGCCCCCCCAGAGCUUGGCCUGCAGAAGACUUGCUCCCAACCCGAUGGUUACCUCUACAGCUGCCGCUGCUGCAGAGUGCUGAGCAGGGGGCUCCCCUUAUGGCUGGCCAGGGACACCCACCUGCCAAGGCACUCAUCCAUAGAGAGAGUGGUCUGUGGCCUGAGCAAGGGUUGGGGUCAGGGACAGAGAUGGGUCUGAGGUAACGGUUGCAAGAUAACCUAACAAAGUUACUGAAAGAGUUGACACCUGGAAGGGGGCCACACUGACGUCCAAGCUGAUUGGGCCUGUCAGCUACAGCUGGAACUGGCCUGGGGGUGGGGAAGGAGAUCAGAUAACAGUACCUGCCCAGCCUGGACAUCUUGGGGAGACUUCCAUGUCCAUAGAUCAUAGCAUCAACUCUGAACCCACCCUUAAAGGCAAAAAUAUAUUGCUGGUUCAUCAAGAUUCUGAGGGGAGGGCCAGCCGAGUGUCUCAGUUGGUUAAGAGUUGGCUUAAGAGCACGAGCUCUGAGCAAC